AUGCAACAAUGGGUGAAUAUCUUGGCUACUGUCGUAUGUUCGGUUUUGAGUGCGUUAUUUUCGGGGUUGACGAUAGGAUUCACGUCCCUUGAUCUAUUCCAGCUGCGUCUACUAUCGCAGGCAGAUCCGCAGUCCAGCAAGGAUGUAAUAAACAAGAGGAGGGCAAAGAGGAUCCUUCCUCUGAGAAAGGACUCGAAUCAUCUACUCGUCACCCUCAUUACUUGCAACUCCAUGGUCAAUGCUGCCCUGGUUCUAUUCGUAGGAGAUAUCUUUGACUUCACUUGGGGAUUCGUGGUUUCGUCAAUCAUCAUUACGGUAUUUGGUGAAAUUACGCCUCAGACGGUCUUUUUCAAGCACCAGCUACUGCUCUGCUCCACCUUUAGCUACUUUACAAGGGUACUCAAGAUCCUCCUCUUCCCAAUCACCAAGCCACUAUCAAUGGCUCUAACUAUGAUUGUAGGUGGACAAAGUGAACUCGUCUACAACAGACAGCAAUGGACUGCGUUGGUAGAUCUUCAGCAAGAAUUUGGGUGUGAGAUAAGUGAUGACGAAGCUAAAAUGCUCAAGGGGAUUUUGAAGCUUUCUACAAUCUCAGUGGAGUCUAUAAUGACGCCAAUCUCCGAAGUUUUCGGAGUUGAUGCGGAUGCUGUAAUUACAGGGACAUCCGUGGCAAAUAUUUCAAGGUAUGGUUUUUCAAAAAUUCCAAUUCUGGAUAAAAAACGCUCCCAAUGUAUCAUUGGGUUUCUGCAUGUCAAAGAUCUACUAAUGAUAGAUGCCGGAAGUAGCUACAAAGUUGCCAAUUUAGUGGAAGCUAUUGGUAAACCGACAUAUGCUGUAGAUUCAGACUCUGGAAUUCUUACAGUUUUAUCGCAUUUUAAAAAGGACAACACGCAUAUUGUUGCCGUAAGAAAGGUUGUGGAUGCACAAGGUGACCCAGAGUACUCACAUGUUGGAAUUGUCACCAUGGAUGACGUUGUUAAUCUCAUUUUAAAGGACUCUGAGAGUUUAGACAAAAGGGAUAGCUUUUCAAUAGCAAGACAACGCAGUGGUCUAUCAAGACUCUUGGACGAUAAAAAGGAUCCUAGAUCAUUUACCAUAAACUCAAUACUUGAUGUUUAUCCAGUAGGGGAUCCGGAAUCUAUCCUAAAACUUUUGGAAUUAGAUGACAGCCAAGAGAAUAUAAAUGCAGUUUCAAGGCAUAAAGUUUACUUGAUAAAACCACAAGUUGUUCUUCCUCAUCACAAACUCACUGUAAUCCUAAAGGGGUCUGUUGAGGAAAUAUCGGUAAGCGACACUGCUCCAGAAUUACGGACUAUUGAUGCACCAACAGUCAUAAAUAAAUUUUCAAGAUCAAAGAACUCUAGACAUAAAGUCUAUGUUACAGUUACAGAGUGUGAAAUUGUCCAAAUAGAUUCUGAUGAAGUGUGUAAUAGAAUAGACAAUCGCAAUGAAGAUGAAACGGAAAUCGUAAUAUCUUGAUAUUUAUCACGUGCUUUUAGAUUUUAAUCGUAUCUUGAAUGUUAUAAUUGGUAUUUUCUAUC